UCUCGGGGGGUAUAAUAGCUUUGCGUUUUGUCUUGUUUUAUUCUUGGUUAGGGUUUUGUUUGCGGCGUCGGCGAGAGAGGAGGGACACCGAUCUAUCUCAGAGAUGGAGCAGACCUUUAUCAUGAUCAAGCCCGAUGGCGUCCAACGAGGCCUGGUUGGGGAAAUCAUUGGGCGAUUCGAGAAGAAGGGUUUCUACCUGAAAGGGUUGAAGAUGGUGAGCGUGGAGCGCUCCUUCGCCGAGAAGCACUACGCCGACCUCUCCGCGAAGCCCUUCUUUGCCGGGCUCGUGGAGUACAUCAUUUCCGGCCCCGUGGUUGCGAUGGUGUGGGAGGGAAAGAGUGUGGUUCUCACCGGCCGCAAGAUCAUCGGCGCAACCAACCCUGCCGACUCCGCCCCCGGCACCAUCCGUGGGGACCUUGCGAUCGAGAUCGGCAGGAAUGUCAUUCACGGAAGUGAUUCGAUCGAGGGUGCGAGGAAGGAGAUUGCUCUGUGGUUCCCGGAAGGCAUCGCCGAGUGGCAGAACAGCCUCCACCCUUGGAUUUACGAGUAGAGAUGAGACAUAUUGUUGCUCUCUCAACUUUAUCUAAGCUGGGCAGUAUUAUUUGAUUCCAAGCUGAUGAAACUUCAGUUUUGACUCUUUAAAUUCCUGUAGUAACUGUUUCAAUUUGAGAAGUUAUGUGACAUUGCGGACUGCCUUUGCAUGGCAUUUUUGCUA